AAGAUGGAUAGACAUUAGAAAGUGGUGACAACGUCUACAAUAUAAUUCAUUCAAAAACAAAUGCCAUGAGGGUCGCCUUUCCUUCAAUCGCCACUCAUCAGUAGUCAUAUGGAGGCAUGGGUGAGAAAGGAGAUGGAGUGCACAGUGGCUGGUAUCGCAAACCCUACCACCCAAUACCCACCAGUGAAUUAUUCAUCAGUCCAUGAACCAGACUUGUUUCUUAGUGCCUCGACGGAAUAUGGCAACCUGCAUGUCAAGGACAAUUUUCAUGACACACCAAACAAUGGCAACUAUGUCCACCACUUAAUGUACCAUGACAAUGAUGAUCACAAUUACAGCCGCAAUGUCAAUGACGACAGUGAAGUGAAUAACAGAGACAUCAACAAUAAUGUCCUCCAGUUUGAUGAUAAUAACCAAAAUGAAAAUGCAGAUCUGGUGGAUGUAGUUGAUGUGAUGUCUGGUGCGGUGGUAGACCAUAGUCCAGAUGAGUUCGAAGAGGAUCCAGUGUCAGAGGAAAGACCCACAAUGACGUUAAGAAUCGAAUCGGAGCUAAUCUGGUGCUGUCAAGAAUGGUUUGACACUCCACACAGCAGCGCUGACAAUGAAGAUGUCUUCAUCACAGAGCAACACAAUGAACAAAAUGUGGUGAAUGAAGCAGACAAAGUCCUGCAGCCAGGAGGAAACAGAAAAAGGAGAAGGGAAGAGGACGGAUCAGAGGCUGGACAGAGGAGCAGCAAGCAUCCCUGCAGUAGCUACCCCUCCUCUCACACACUACUGACUGAACACAUUUGAGUUAGAAGGAACAACUUCUCUCAUGUGCCAUCUGGCCACCUUGUAAAAAUGCUUUACCUCUUGCAGGAUCAUUUCAAUAAAAAGAUGAUUUUUAGUUGGGCACUUGCAGAAAGAGUUGUUAUGCCCCUGCUUGUGUUGUGAUCAAGAAUAUAAUCCACCAUCUGACCAGCUGAGACAUGUUGAUGAUAUCAAUCAUGAAGUUUAAAAUGAAAUCAAAAUCCCACUAAAAAUGAAUGCAUUUGCCAAGAAAUGAUAAACCCCACUGAAAACCAAACCCUUUUGUAAUGAGUGAAUACACAGCUUUUAUGCUAACAACACAAAGUUGAAGACAAAAGUGCGGGCAUUAUUGUAGCUAGAAAUGGACUUGAUUUCAUCAACAUGAUCUCCAGUUUAUCAUUAUUUGUCGCUGUAACGUGACUGUCAUUGUCUGGAGGUGAUGACAUGAAGGACACGAAGUGAGGAUUGCUUG